AUGAUUCGUUUAACCACAGAACUCAGCGAGCGAGUGCAUGGCUUCCAUCCGACGCUGAGGACGACAGUGACGGUGAGAGUGGACGAACGAGACGCCCUGGAGGAGUGUGCGGCUGGACUAGUGUACGCGGCGGUUCCGGGGACAGUGAUCGUAGAUCGGUACCAGCUACGGGUGCUCUACGAGGAAGGCCGACUAAGCGAGCCGACGGCGGUCCCGACCGGCCCGCUCGACUUGCUCGUCUGGGCGGACGGCGACCUCGAGGGGCCGGCCUCCCGGCCGGAUCCGCCCCAGCCCGGCGGACUCUUGGUCCCAUUGCCCCUCCACCUCUCCUCCGAUUUCUCCAUGCACAUCCCCCUCCAUCUGCGCUACCUGCCUCCCAUCGUCAGUCCCGAAGUCCGGCCCGUUAGGGAUAUCCUCAUCGAGCCACCCGUGCUCGUCAAGUGGUGCAACCAAUCCACCGCCAACCCCUCGGAAUCGACUCUUCCCGCGAUCAGCCCGGCCACAAUACGGCUCCUCAGUGAGACUUUUUCCACCCCCCAUCGGCCCCUCUCAGCGCUUUCUACAGACGGCUCUUAUCCCUCCACGCCUAUCCGCCUGUCUGUUCCCGUCGGCGUGCAGGACGACGAACUGCUGGUCCAGAUUAUCACCGCCGCUACCGUCUGGCUGGCAUUUGUUUGGAUCUGCUCAUGUCUCAUGCCUAAUCAUAGUCCUGAAAAAACCAGCCAUCCUUCAGCUGCCAGCGCACCUGGCUCACAUCAUUAA